UUUGGAAUGAAUUGAGCUUCAGACUCGAUCAUGAUGGUUCCUCAUGGUUUAUACUGUACUCUGUGGAUGGUAGCAUGUUUUGGUGAAAGUUUUGGUCAAGAUCUUCAGUUUCCUGAGCUGAGUAAUGGAGCAGUAGGAGAAAGUGUGAAGUUCACACCUAAUAACCUACCAUCAGAGAUUAUUGCAAUUACCUGGCAAUUUGGAGCAACUUUUAUAUUGUCUGGAAACCCUGAUACAGCCUUAAUUGUCCCAGCAUAUAAAGACAAAGCCACAUUUGACAAAAACACUCUUGCUCUGGAGCUCUGGAGCCUGAAACUGGAGGAUGCUGGAUCAUACAUUCUGACUGUGAUUUCUAGUAAUGGAGACCAACUUAGAGAAGAAACUUCACUACAGGUGUUCGAAAAAAUUAGUUACAUCACAGUCAGUGGUCCACAUGAAACUGAAACAUUAAUUGAGGAUGAAUCAUCUGCUAACAUCACCUCUGAGGGAAACGGCAACGUCACCUCUGUACAGUGGAUGAAAGAUAACAGUCCUCUGUCUUCUAGCAGCAGAAUCAUCUUCUCAUCUGAUAACAGAUCAGUGUCCUUCAGUCCAGUGCAGAGAUCAGACGCUGGAGAAUAUCAGUGUACAUACAGUAACCCUGUCAGCUCUGAGACGGCAAAACUCACCCUGAUCAUCAACUAUGGACCAGAUGGUGUUUAUAUUAAGGGUCAAGAUGUGGUGGAUUUAGGGGUUCAAGCAUUUCUGUCUUGCUCUGCAAAUUCUGAACCUUCUGCUUCAUUCAGCUGGACGUUUAAUGGGUCAGACACUGGUGUGACCAAAGACACAUUGACCAUUGAUAAGACCGACUUCACAAACAGUGGAGAAUACAUCUGUACAGCCUUUAAUAGAGUCACAAACAGACGUGAAUCUCAAAGACAUGCUUUACUAGUUCAAGAGAGUGGUGAAGCUGGUUUAGGAGGAGGACUGUCAGCAGGAGCAAUAGCUGGGAUUGUCAUUGGAGUUUUAGUGGCAGUUGGGGGCAUCUGUGGUCUUAUUGUCUACUUAACAAAAACCAACAAAAUCCCAGACCAAAGACUUCAACAGAAAGGACAAGCAAGUGGAGCAGCACAAAGAGGACAGGAGCCUGACUUGCACUAUGAAGAAAUCACCGAAUCCCAGAAUGCCAGAGAAAAUAAUAUGAAUCUGGAGAAGAUCAGCGAAGCUCAAACGUAUGAGAAUGUUGCGUAUAAAAGUGAAUAUGAAAAUCUAAAACAUGGAGUUUCAAACCAGCCACAAGCUCCUGAAUCUCAGAUGUAG